AUGGCCGCGGGAGCAGCGUUGUACUACCACCCAGCCGCCGGGAAGGCGAGCCUCGAGGCGGUCGCCCCGCCCUCGCCGUCGCUGGCCCUGGGGCCAUCGCAGAGCAAGGUGCUGUGCGUCAGAAGCGGCAGCCGGUGGUGGAUGAGGCGAAGAUGGGAGGGGAAGGCGAGCAGCGUCAGCUGCAGGGCAAGAGCGAGAGCAAGCGCAAGGCCUGCCUUGUUCUCUCCUGUGGCCAUGGACUGGCAGGAGUGCACCACUCAGCUUGAAGUUGAUGUUCCAUGCUCGGUGGCCUAUCAGUGUUACUCAGAACGGGAGACCAUUCCUCAGUGGAUGCCAUUCAUCUCGUCUGUCAAGGUCCUUGAAGAUAAACCUGAUCUUUCACGGUGGACUCUGAAGUACGAGGUCCUUGGGCGGGAUGUAGAAUUUUCUUGGCUUGCACGUAACAUGACACCUAUUAAAAACCAGAAGAUCCAUUGGCGAUCUCUUGAAGGUCUUCCUAAUAGAGGUGCUGUUCGGUUCUUCCCCAAAAGCUCAUACUCUUGUAGAGUACAACUGACAGUGGCAUAUGAAGUUCCUGAAAUUCUGGCCCCAGUUGCAUCAGCACUGAAACCGUUUCUGGAAAGCUUGCUUCUCAAAGGUUUAGAACGCUUUGCCACAUUUGCCAAGGAGCGUAAUAGCAAGAUUCCUCAUUCUUGA